AGAGAAGGAAAAAAAAGAGCGGGGCUUGGCAAGGAGAGGCUGAGCGCGGCUGAGCGGCGGCGGCGGCGAUGGAAGAACUCACGGCCUUCGUCUCCAAGUCUUUUGACCAGAAAGUGAAGGAGAAGAAGGAGGCCAUCACGUACCGGGAGGUGCUGGAGAGCGGGCCGCUGCGUGGGGCCAAGGAGCCCGAGGCGGGCCGCGACGAGCGCAGCAGCCCGGCAGUCCGGGCGGCCGGCGGAGGCGGCGGCGGGGGAGGCGGAGGCGGAGGCGGAGGAGGCGCGGGAGGAGGAGGAGCAGGCGGAGGAGCUGGAGGAGGGCGCUCUCCCGUCGGCGAGCUGGACAUGGGCGCAGCCGAGAGAAGCCGGGAGCCGGGCAGCCCGCGGCUGACCGACGUAUCUCCCGAGUUGAAGGAUCGCAAGGAGGAUGCGAAAGGGAUGGAGGACGAAGGCCAGACCAAAAUCAAGCAGAGGAGGAGUCGGACCAAUUUCACCCUGGAGCAACUCAACGAGCUGGAGAGGCUUUUUGACGAGACCCACUACCCGGAUGCCUUCAUGCGCGAGGAACUGAGCCAGCGGCUGGGGCUUUCCGAGGCCCGAGUGCAGGUUUGGUUUCAAAAUCGAAGAGCCAAGUGUAGGAAACAAGAAAACCAACUGCAUAAAGGUGUUCUCAUAGGGGCUGCUAGCCAAUUUGAAGCUUGCAGAGUGGCACCCUAUGUCAACGUAGGUGCUUUAAGGAUGCCAUUUCAGCAGGAUAGUCAUUGCAACGUGACGCCCUUGUCCUUUCAGGUUCAGGCGCAGCUGCAGCUGGACAGCGCCGUGGCGCACGCGCAUCACCACCUGCACCCGCACCUGGCCGCGCACGCGCCCUAUAUGAUGUUCCCGGCGCCGCCCUUCGGACUGCCGCUGGCCACGCUGGCCGCGGACUCGGCCUCGGCCGCCUCGGUCGUGGCCGCCGCCGCCGCCGCCAAGACCACCAGCAAGAACUCCAGCAUCGCCGAUCUGAGACUGAAAGCCAAAAAGCAUGCAGCCGCCCUAGGCCUGUGACGCCUGCGCCCGAGCCACGGUGGCCAGGUCGUUGCGCGCGGCUCCCCCAACAAGCACUCCCGCUCCUCCCUCCGCACCUCUCCGGAGCCCGGGCGGUCCCUUCCCGCCCCUCGCCGCCCUAGCGUCUUCGUGCUUCCCGGGCUCCCCGCGCCUCUGCCGGUCGCCCUCGGCCUAGCGUGGCUUUGUUAGGAGCGGGUUGGGGGAACUCUGGAGACUGGACAAAGACGAGCCAAGUGUGGAUAACGGAGAAAGCUGCGACGACGGACUCUUGCAUAGAAAUGAAAUCUUGCUAACAAUAAAAAAACUAGAAAAUUAAAGAAAACAGACAAAGCAGAAAGAAAAGGAGAAAGGGAAUUUGUUCUCAUUGCUGUUUGACAUAAGAUGGAAUCAAGACGGAGCAAAACGAUUUUAAAAAUUAAAAGUAUU